AUGGUCACGCUCAGACCGCCUCUGCCCAAGGCUGAUUGGCUUGGCUGUGCAAUCACGCCUAAGGUCCAGCCUCUGCUUGGCUCCACUCGCUCAUGGGUGGAUGAGUCACCGCGAGGUAUGACAGCACAGGUACCCGGACGUGCUGGCGGGACACAGGGUCCCAAAGCCAUGGUACCAUGCACGCCGCUGCCACCACAGCCGGAGCUUGGACAGCCACAGGGACACAAAUCAGCAAGGGACUUGAGAGAUUCCUGUGGAGGGAACCUGAGCCAUCGCCUUUCUGCUGAAACCCAAGAGGAUGCAGCCGCUGCGCUGCCGGUAGCUACACCUGCUCCAGUCAGUGUCUGGAGACAGGUAAAGCAAGCAAUGAUUCUAAGUGGGGAUUUUGAGGGUGCAGAUAAGAUUGACAUGCCUGUAUCAGAAAAGGCAUACCGGCGACGGACUCCGGCCCGGGGACAGCACCCAGCGCGGCUCCAGCUUCACCACAGCUACAACCAGAGCGCUCACAGCCACAAGCAGACACACAGCAGAAAAAAACUCACAAGACCUCCACAGAGAGAACCAGAGUCUUCACCUGACGCCAGCUCCAGCUCCAACACCACUCCUGUCAGACACUAUCCCAACGCAUGUGAGCUUCAGACUACAAACCCUGAUGAAAAAUGCAAACUUGUCUACUUUAACUCUCAGGAGAAGCAGGAGAUGCGUGUAAGGGGAGUUCUGCAAAGCUCCAGCAUUCCCAGAGGAGGAAGACUGGCUUGGCAGUCUUCAAGGGCCCUCUGCCACAGAUACAACAAGCAGCUCCAGCCAGCUCUGCCGGCAGAUUUAUCCAGCGAGCAUCCAUGCCGGAUGUGAAUGGAGGUGUUUGGGAUUGGGAUUGAAAGGGGAGUGAUAGCCACCCUGCUCUGUGAAGGCAGCGCUCUCCAGAAGAGAGGGCCUUUUAUCCCUUCUUCCUGUCACCAGGGACAGGACCCAGGGAAAGGCUGGAGCUGUG